AUGCUGACAGAAUCAAAAUGCUCCCACCCCAACUCCUCUACACCCACACCCACACCAAACACUUCCCCCACCCAAAAUCCUCCACACCCACACCAAACACUUACCCCACCCCAACUCCUCCACACCCACACCCACACCAAACACUUACCCCACCCCAACUCCUCCAUACCCACACUCACACCAAACACUUACCCCACCCAAACUCCUCCAUACCCACACCCACACCAAACGCUUACCCCACCCCAACUCCUCCACACCCACACCCACACCAAACACUUCCCCCACCCCAACUCCUCUACACUCACACCAAACACUUACCCCACCCCAACUCCUCCACAGCCACACUCACAAAACACACUUCCCCACCACAACUCCUCUACACUCACACCCACACCAAACACUUCCCCCACCCCAACUCCUCCAUACCCACACCCACACCAAACACUUUCCCCACCCCAACUCCUCUACACUCACACCACACACUUCCUCCACUCCAACAUCUCUACACCCACACCAAACACUUCCCCCACUCCGAUUCCCCUACCUCCACAACCACACCAAACACUUCCCCCACCCCAACUCCUCUUCACCCACACCAAAUGCUUCCCCCACUCCAACUCCCCUACCUCCACACCAAACACUGCCCCCCACUCCAACACCCCUACCUCCACACCCACACCUAACAGUGCUCCCACCCCAACUCCUCUACACCCACACCCACACCAAACACUUCCCCCACCCAAAAUCCUCCACACCCACACCCACACCAAACACUUCCCCCACCCCAACCAAACACUUCCCCACUCCAACUCCUCUACACCCACACCCACACUAAACACUUACCCCAUCCCCAACCCCUCUACACUCACACCCACACCAAACACUUCCCCCACCCCAACUCCUCUACACUCACACCAAACACUUCCCCCACCCCAACUCCUCCACACCCACACCCACACCAAACACACCCCACCCCAACUCCUCUACACCCACACCCACACCAAACACUUACCCCACCCCAACUCCUCCACACCUACACCCACACCAAACACUUACCCCACCUCAAUCCCUCCACACCCACACCCACACCAAACACUUCCCCCACCCCAACUCCUCUACACUCACACCAAACACUUACCCCACCCAACUCCUCCACAGCCACACUCACACCAAACACUUACCCCACCCAACUCCUCCACAGCCACACUCACACCACACACUUCCCCCACCCCAACUCCUCUACACUCACACCCACACCAAACACUUCCCCCACCCAAACUCCUCUACACUCACACCACACACUUCCUCCACUCCAACUACUCUACACCUACACCCACACCAAACACUUCCCCCAACUCCGAUUCCCCUACCUCCAUACUCACACCAAACACUUCCCCCUACCCAACUCCCCUACCUCCACACCCACACCAAACACUGCCCUCACUCCAACGCCUCUACACCCACACCCACACCAAACACUUACCCCAUCCCAACUCCUCCACACCCACACCCACACCAAACACUUCCCCCAUCCCAACUCCUCUACACUCACACACAACACUUACCCCACCCCAACUUCUCCACACCCACACCACACACUUCCCCCACCCCAACUCCUCUACACUCACACCCACACCAAACACUUCCCCCACCCCAACUCCUCUACACCCACACCCACACCAAACACUUCCCCAACCCCAACUUCUCUACACUCACACCACGCACCUUCUCCACUCCAACUUCUCUACACCCACACCAAACACUUCCCCCACUCCGAUUCCCCUACCUCCACACUCACACCAAACACUUCCCCAACCCCAACUCCCCCACAACCACAACUACACCAAACGCUUACCCCACCCCAACUCCCCCACAACCACACCAAAUGCUUCCCCCACUCCAACUCCCUUACCUCCACACCAAACACUGCCCCUACUCCAACUCCCCUACCUCCACACCCACACCAAACACUGUCCCUACUCCAACGCCUCUACACCCACAUCCACACCAAACACUGUCCCCACAGCAACUCCCUACCUCCACAGCCACACCAAACACUGCCCCCACUCCAACGCCUCUACACCUACACCCACACCAAACACUGCCCCCACUCCAACUCCCCUACCUCCACACCCACACCAAACACUGCCCCCUCCCCUUACUCCCUAA